AUCUAGAAACGCGUAAAUGUAUAGAUUCGAUCAAAUUUUCAACGCCCCAAAUUGGGCAGAUUUUUCCUAGUCUACCCAGCUAGCCAUGGAUUGCAUAAGGAAGAUGUGGUCAGUCUUGAAGAAACUUAGGAAGGAAGAAGAAGAAGAUGUCGCAAAUCUGUUCCUACAAAAUGGAAGUGCGCUGUUGGAAGAGCUUAUUUCUUUUUCUAGUGGAACAUAUGACAUUCCCAUCCCUAGUUACAGUGCUCAACAACUUGUUAAGGCCACAAACAACUUCGCUGGACGUGUCCAUGCUAGCACCUACGGUUACAUCUCUAGAGGAACUCUGCUAGGCCGCUCUAUCUUGGUCAAAAUGUUCAUCAAUAUUCCAGGUAACCCUGCCUCACAUUCCGACUUUGACAUUCUUGCUGGAGCUGUACGUGACAUUGCAGUCACAUCGCUAAUGAGCGGAAAUAGGAAUGUUUUGAAGAUUAUAGGUUGCUGUUUGGAAUUCACAUAUCCAGCACUAGUGUAUGAGGAUGCCAGAUUUGAGACUCUCGCUAAUUUCCUUGACCCCAAUUGCGAUAAAUUGUUAAGUUGGAAAUGUAGAUUGAAGAUUGCCAAAAGCAUUGCCAGUGCAAUUCUUUAUCUACACACUGCAUUUCCAACUCCCAUUAUCUACAGGAUCUUGAAUCCCCAUAACAUUAUCUUGGACCAUCAUUGUGUUCCCAAACUGUUUGAUUUCUCAUUUGUUAUUUCUCUUCCUCCUGGAGAGUUGCAAGUGGAAGAUGACUUGAUUUGGAUUCCUGGCUAUUUGGAUCCAGAGUACCAAUCUUCAAGGUUUGUCACUCAAAAGACCGACGUCUAUAGUUUUGGUGUGCUUCUACUGGUGCUCUUAAAUGGACAGGGUCCUAUAUGCAGGGCCAAUGAAGAUGAUCCAGAACACAUUGUGAAUUAUGUAAAUGACCAUAUUCAUAAGGACGAUCAAUUCAAGCAGAUCGUGGACCCUAAAAUCUUGAACGAAUCGACUGUAAAUCAUCAACAGCUACAAGCUUUCAUUAAUAUCGCUUUAAGAUGUGUCCAGGCUAAGGGAGAAAAUAGACCAGAUAUGCUCGAUAUUGCAAGAAAGAUCAUGCAAUUUGAGUAAUGUGUGUACAACUGAUUCUUAGGCUCUAGAAUGAUUUCUUCUUGAAUCUAUGGUUAUGCAGUGUUACAAUUUAGAAGGUUGUAUGUAGUUGAGAACAUUGCAUAUUUCUAAAAGUACAAGAGUCAAAUUAAUUGUUUUGUUGUUGAAAUUCAUCAUAUACUUGUCCCACGAGACAUGCCAAACAUAAUCAGCAAGAGAAUGAACAUUUCUAACUUCUGGAGGCUAA